AUGACAAGUUGUGGUCAACAGUCCUUGAAUGUGCUGAUGGUUUUGCUUUCAUUACUCUUGUCAGCAGUGUUGUCCGCACAUUUUCGGGUCUGCGAGCCAUAUACAGACUACAAAGGACGCUACCACUUUGGUUUUCACUGCCCCCGUCUUUCUGACAAUAAAUCUUACAUCUUUUGCUGUCACCAUAACAACACAGUGUUUAAAUACUGCUGCAAUGAGACAGAAUUUCAGACUGUUAUGCAGAUGAACUUAACAGGGAAUGUAGAUGGAUAUAUGCAUAACAACUACAGCGCACUGUUAGGGGUGUGGAUCUAUGGUUUUUUUGUGGUGAUCUUGCUGGUACUGGACCUUUUGUAUUACUCUUCAAUGAACUAUGAUAUUUGCAAAUUUUACCUAGCACGGUGGGGAAUCCAGGGAAAGUGGAUGACACAAGGACAGAGCCGAUGGAUUAAUUCUGCUCAGGACCCAAGCCAAGUACAGACUCAGCCUCAGCCAGAGACACAGCCUCAAACUCAGCCUCAGCCACAGCCUCAGACGUCACAGACAGUACAUACUCUAAAAGGAGAUGCUUUAAGCCCACCCCUGAUGUCUUUUCAGAGUACAUCUGCCUGUAUGGAAACCAUCUGAGGGCUGUCCUAAGGCCUUUGUGGUCUGAGUCCAGGUCCUGUUGGAUGUACCUCCCACAGCCCAAACACCGUCACAGACUCAAAAAAGCAGCCUGCAAGUGGCUGAGCUUAAGCCAUUGUGGUGGCUCCUCCAGGUCCUUGCUGAAGUGUGUGAGCUGUGUCCUUCCACGCUUAUUGGUCCAUGUGAGAAUCUGCAGGUGGAGCAGAUCAAGAAGGCUUUUUAACAGCUGGAUACCAAGCAGCAACAAACAGCGUGGAAAUCCUUACUGCUGCUCAGCUAAGUGCAAGCCAGGGAGCAAUACAAGGAAAUAUUCUAAGUUGAAGAAUCAACAUCCAGACCAAAGCAAAAAAUGGUCUUGCUACUCCAGGAAUAUUCAUAGUCAGUAAUGAAUAAAAAAGGUCAGGGUGACCACACAAAAGCACUGUGCACAGGGGCAGCC